CGAAGGAAGUGCCACCGUGUCCAUAGUAGACUCAACCGCGGUACUGGAGCCUGUAGACGUCUUGUUUACGGUGGUUGAGGCCAGGCCUGUGAAUACCUGUGGACGCCAGCGUGUUACGGUUUUAUUGCUCACCUUCAUUUUCUCGUUACAAGGGUCAUUAUAUGAAACCUCCAAUCUGGAUCGAGGCGGAAACAACAGGAAGAAGAUAGAGGAAUUCUCUCGUUCUUCUCGGGAGAAAAUAGUCCAGUCGAAGAACAAAAUGUUCUCGAAAUUUACGUCCAUUCUUCAGCAUGCUGUGGAAGCGCUUGCCCCGUCGCUGCCCUUGCAGGAGGACUUUGUCUAUCACUGGAAGGCCAUUACACAUUAUUACAUUGAGACUUCUGAUGACAAAGCUCCAGUCACAGACACCAACAUCCCAUCCCACCUGGAACAGAUGCUGGACAUCCUGACCCAGGAGGAAAGGGAAAGGGAGUCUGGAGAGACAGGACCCUGCAUGGAGUAUCUCCUACACCACAAGAUCCUGGAGACUCUCUACACCUUGGGCAAGGCAGAUUGUCCUCCAGGGAUGAAGCAGCAGGUGCUCACCUUCUACACAAAGCUGCUCGCACACAUUCGUCAACCUCUCCUGCCACACAUCAAUGUCCAUAGACCUGUUCUGGUGGGAAGGAAUGCAGUCUGGAUUUCAGUCAUUUUAGAUAGUCCUCCUCAAAAUGAUCUGCUGACUGAGAAGUUAUGUAACUUAUUCGUGGCUUUUUUUCCCCUUGUGGCUGUGACAUUCUUCUGUCAGAAACUGAUCCGUCUGUGUGGAGAGGUGCUGACUGCUCCUACAGAAAAUGAAGAGAUUCAGUUCCUUUGUAUAGUAUGUGCCAAAUUGAAGCAGGACCCAUAUCUUGUCAACUUCUUCCUUGAGAACAAGUCAAAGAGGCCUGAGAUAAAGAGUCCUGGAGGGACAGAGGUCGUGAAGGGGAAUAUGUUGGCUCCAGACACUGGUCAGUCUCUGGCAGAGGUAAAGGCUAACUGCUCACAGGAGCCUCAGGCAGCAGCUGCUGCCUCCUCUUCUAGUCCCACCAGUAACAAUAACAGCAACAAUUACAAUCUUGUCACCUCGCUGCUCAACCUCACAAAGAGCCCUGAUGGCAGGAUAGUAGUGAAGGCAUGUGAGGGCCUGAUGCUGCUGGUCAGUUUACCAGAGCCUGCAGCUGCCAAGUGUUUAACUGAAAACACUGAUCUCUGUGAGCUCCUGACUGACAGGCUGGUCUCCUUCUAUAAAGCCCUGCCACAGUCCAUGGACCCCUUGGACAUUGAGACAGUGGAGUCGGUCAAUUGGGGUCUUGAUGUUUAUAACCUGAAGGAGGAUGCUGCUGUCUUUACAGGGAAGAGGGCUCUCAUCUCCUUCCUGUCCUGGCUAGAUUACUGUGACCAGCUCAUCAAAGAGGCUCAGAAGUCAGCAGCUGCAGUGAUAGCAAAAGCAGUUAGAGAAAGUUUCUUUGUGUCAGUUAUGGAACCUCAGCUCAUGCAGACGUCCGAGGUGGGCAUCCUGACCUCCACAGCCCUGCUGAAUAGGAUUAUCAGGCAGGUGACAUCCGAGGCUCUGCUGCAGGAGAUGAUUUACUUCCUGCUUGGAGAGGAGCGAGAGCCAGAGACUCAGGCUAAUAUGGCGCAGAAUCCACUCAGACACAGACUUAUCGAGCACUGCGACCACCUGUCAGAUGAGAUCAGCAUCAUGACACUGAGGCUAUUUGAGCAGCUGAUCCAGAAGCCCAACCAGCACAUCCUCCACAGCUUGCUGCUGCGUAGCCUAGAGGAGAGGAACUACCUGGAGAACAAACCCCAGGAUGAGCGGGAGCCUCUGGAGAACGGGCAGCCCCAUGAUGCCGUAGACCUUGAGGAGGAUCCACUGUUUGCUGAUGACCUCUCUCCAGACAGCAGGCUGUCUGGUUCUGAUUGGCUCAGCUCCUCUCCACCACAGAGCCCUGACCACUCAAAGUGUGACGGGAAGACAGAGGUCCACAAGAUUGUCAACAGUUUCCUGUGUUUGGUGCCCGAUGAGGCGAAAUCAUCGUAUCAUGUUGAAGGCACAGGCUAUGACACCUACCUCAGAGAUGCACAUAGACAGUUUAGGGACUAUUGUGGGGUCUGCCAGCGGUGGGACUGGAGGGGAAAUCCAAAGCCUUUUGAGAAGUGUAACUUGGACAGCCCAUUCUUCGAGGGCCACUUCCUCAAGGUUCUCUUCGACAGGAUGGGUCGCAUCCUAGAUCAGCCCUAUGAAGUCAACCUGCAGGUGACUGCUGUGCUGUCCAAGCUGUCUUUGUUUCCACACCCCCACUUGCACGAGUACCUGCUGGACCCUUAUAUCAACCUGGCCCCUGGCUGCAGGUCUCUGUUCUCCGUCAUCGUCAGGGUGGUGGGGGAUCUCAUGUUGAGGAUUCAGCGCAUCUCAGACUUCACACCCAAACUGCUGCUCGUGAGGAAGAGAUUAUUAGGGCUGGAGCCAGAGGGCAUCAAUGUCGACCACAUGACUCUGCUAGAGGGGGUGAUCGUGCUGGAGGAGUUCUGCAAAGAGCUGGCAGCCAUUGCCUUCGUCAAAUACCACGCAGCUGCCUCCUCCUCGCCGUAAUCCUCCUGCUGUUCAUCCAUCUGCCUCGGCCAGGCAGGCAGGCAGACAGGUCAGGAUUAAAAUGGGCCUUUGGGGUGUGGUGGCGGUGGCACUGGUGUCACAAGGUCGUCAGAAGAUUACCACUAACUGCUCAUCCCUGCAAGACUGUUAAAGCCCACUUGGACGGGUUCAUCACUUCCCCCUCUUCUGGCCUCUCGGGCUCCACUAUAAAAAGUCUUCGGUCUUGUUUUUGAGACGGUCAGAGCACAGAGACUGCCCAGCCAGCGGAGGACUGAGAGGACAGAGGUCGAGGUGCAGAGAGGUGGUCACUGGACUUCGUUCAGCCUCUGUAUUUUCUCCCACUCCUGCCCCCGUCUUUCUCCGCCAGCCGAAAGACAACUCUGUUGUAAUCUCAAGAUGUUUGUGUAUUUAUUUUUGUCCCUUAUCACCCAUUUGUAAACAUCAUUGCCUUAGUGUGAAACAGUACCUUUUCAGUUACAGAAGAUUGUUUCCUUUUGAAACAUUUUUAUCUCUACUCCUCACAUGUUGUCUGUUUGAAGACAAGAGGACCCGAGGCUAUAGAGGAAAAAACAAACAAACAUCAAAACCUAUAUGUACCUGUAGUUGCAUACAUAUCGAAAUGUAGUAUUUACGAUACUGCACUCGUAUUUUAAAUGCCACGUCCUCUUUAUUUAUUUGUUUGCUUUCACAUUGCCUUUUUAACUGUCAUAUUGGGAUCAAAUUAAUGAUUUACUUAAUUUUUUUUCCGCGUCUUUGUCUCAAUGCUUGUGCUCUCAAAGCUCACCUGUAAUCACAUUUUGUCAAAGGAAAUGGUGGAUUUUGCAAGUUAUGUCAAAUUGCACGCGGACCUCAUUGCAUGGCACUUGUUACAUUAUUCAUGUCCAUGCUCUUUUGUGGUUGGCUUUUAGGAAAUGUCAAGUUGGCAUUUUUUGAAGAGACAUGUUUUUGAUUCCACAUUAGUUUUAGCUCUCCAGACCCAGUGUUGCAUUUCUCACACAACAGUGACUGCUAUUGUUGUUGUUUUUAGAACCUUUGUAAUUCUCAGUAAUUAAUUUAUUCUGAUGAGAUGCAGAGGAUCGUGAUUUUAUUGACCAGUGUCUUAAGUGCAUCAUUAACGUGGGAGACGCUGCAGCUUACAGCUGGGGUUCCCAAUCUUUAUUGUCUUUUGACCCCUGAAACAAAGCUAAUGUCUAGUUGGUGGUGUCUGUCUGUAAGUUGUGGUUUUUAUUUGAAUUCACAAGAUUAGAAGAAAGUCCAUCGAAACUUUAUCCAACAGAAACUAUCGAUAUUGUUCAUCUCGUCUCAACCCCCUUUCUAUGGGUUAAGACGCCCAGUUGGGAAAGCGACGGCUAACAAUAUCCUAAGAGUUCUGAGUUCCUCUAUAAGUUAUUAUGACUUCCUAUAAGGUGUUUAGUUUAAAAGUGUUACCUUUUCAUCCUGGUCUUGAAUUCACAAGGUGCCGUGUAUUGUUGGUCUUUUAUUGACUGGAUGUAUCAGGAGGGCGUCGGUAGCGAAAGGUUUGAAUUGGUCUCAAGAUGCUUCUUAGUGUACGUUUGGUUGUUGUGUUGUUUCCAGCGUGAAAAUUUCCAUGAUUUAUUAUUGCGGUGGAAAAUGAACAGUCAUUCGUUGAAGCCAUUCGUCCCUGGUCUUGAGCCUUGUUGUUGUUUUCUCCUUCUCUGGUCUCACCUUAACCCCAUCACUCAAGCACCUACGCUACAUUAUGCAACUGCUUGCAUGGAAUCAGAUUUGCACAUUGUCUUUCUUCAUCCUUGUUCAUAAUGUAAAUAUACACAAAAAGCUUUUUCUUUUUUUCGCAUUGUUUUCAUAAACCAAAAAAAUAUCUAUGACGUACCAGGAGUAACAUUUCUAUUUUAAUGGGAAACUUUUUUUAAAUGAUCAAAUCAUGCACAUUUUUGAAUCAACUCUUUCCAACUGUUUCCAUUUGUAUAUCGUGUGUACAAUAGCAAUAGAAAUAUACUACCUGGUGUAAAUGCAUGCUUCUACAUUAUAUUUCAUUGUUGAAAGAAAGAAAGCAAAGGAAGCCCGACCAUCUGUGAUGAUUUCUUAGCUGUCAGCACUUUGUUGUUUGAAGACUGACGGGGAGAUGUGAAGCCUUACUUUCACACUGGAUCUCUGAGGACUCCUAGGAUCGAUGGUGUCAGGGGUUUGUGCGUCACUACCAUUUGUCGUGAUCUAUGCCUCUUGUUACAUCCGGUUUGUGAAGAUGUACAAGACUCCAUAUAGUUAAGAAUCUGAUGCCAACUGAUUGAUUUUUUUCUUGACAGCUUAGACCAAUCACUGUAUCAUGUUUUUCUUUGUUUAAUCGCUGCUUUUUUCUCUUGAAAUGGGACACGUCUCCUUAUACUACUUCUAUCUUACGGCCAGUUUGAUUUUGUGAUUGCAAUGCAUAGUUGAAACAUUAAGGUAAGGUGCAUGCGCACUCCUCCUGCCUUCCCCAAUGCCUCGCAGAGUAGUGAAGCAGCCUCUCGUUCUGAGGCGUUGGCAUAUUUAUUCCUAAUCAACUGUCUUCAUGUCAACUGCAGGUUUGCAACGCAUUAGGUUUCAUCCAGGACAAUAUGGUUUCUUUAACAUUCUCCGUCCCAAUUU